AUGUGCGACCCUCUAAGGCACAGCGCCUGGAUAAACCUUCCGCCAAUGCUGCAGCAAAGACAGCAGCUUGCUGCUGUCGCUGUAGGGAAUAUGCUGGUGGCGCUGGGCGGCCGCGACAGCACCGGCAACAAAGGCCUCGUGCUGAAGACUUGCGAGCGUCUUUUGCUGCCUCUUUCUUCGGAAGCCCCUGCAGCAGCAGCAGCUGCUGCUGCUGCGGCCAGUGGAGGAGGAGGAAUUGCUGCAGAGGGAGCAGCAGCAACGCCGCCAAGUCCGGACACGGAUGCAGCAGCAGCAACAGCAGCAGCAGCCGCAGCAGACACUGCAGCAGCAGCCCGGUCCAGCACCUCCUCCCCGACCCCCUCCCCCGCAGCAGCAGCAGGGCCAGAGGCCUCUGAGGCAGCAGCAGCAGCAGCAGCAGCAGCAGGAAGCCUCAGGGAGACACCGCAGUGCAUGCGCCAGGGGGCCCCCGGGGGGCCCCCCAGUACCCCCCGCAGCAGCAGCCGCCCCUCUUUGAAGGGUUUAAUUGGGCCUUGGCUGCUGCUGCCUCCAAUGAAACAAGCAAGAUGCAGAUUUGCUGCUAUUCACUUCAGGGGGAAGUUGUUCUGCGUUGGCGGUUUGGGGGGCGUGAAAGCGGUAACCUCAGUGGAGGUUUUUGACGUGGCGAACAACGUUUGGAUUGAGGGGCCGCCCUUGAACGUGCCCCGCAUAGAUGCUUCGCUGCUGCUGUGGGGUGCUGCUGCUGCUGCUGCUGGGGGCCCCCUGCUGCUGGCUGUGGGGGGCCGCAGCGCCGUAGAAGAGACCCAGGGGGCCCCCCUGAGGUCUGCUGAGGCUCUGGACUUGGCAGCUUUUUUCGAAUCUUCUUUUGGCGAAAAGCUGCAGCCGCUGCAGCAGCAGCAGCAGCAGCAGCAGGGAGAAGGCCCGCAGGACAGCUACGGGCAGCCGCAGCAGCAGCAACAGCAGCAGCAGCAGGAGGCGCAACACGGUCCGCUGCCCCUGCACCAGAAGCAACAGACAACAGACGAGCAGCACAACCAGAAGCAGCAGCAGCAGCAGCAGCAGCAGCAGCAGCAGGUGCUGAGGAGUCGGGGCUAG